UACAAUCAUGGAGAAGUGCAAGCUCCCGUUGCUGCCGUGACUUGUCCACUCCUCCGCCCACUCCUCCCCCCCCGCUCCCCCUGGACCUCUGUGUUGUGCACGCCCAAGUGGACGAGACCACAUAAAUAGGUGCACCUCCAGAGCCCGGGCGAACUGACAGACCUGUGCGCGGCGGCAACAUGACCUCUGUAACGUGGGGACUGCUCUGCCUCGGUGGCAUCCUGGCAGCGACUUCCCCGCAGUUCGGAUCCCGGAACCAGCAGAUGCGCUCGACCCGUCUGUUGAUCCCGCCGGUCCGUCCACGCGUUGAAGAGAUCAGAUCCAGCGAGCAAGGCUCUGACGAAGCACCGAGUGCUGAAACUUUUCAAGAGGACCAGCCGAGUGGCUCCACGGCCCGAGGCCCCCGGCAGGGGUCCAGGCCAGGGGCCCGCAUCAACCCAGCGCAGGAGAGACGGAGGGCCACGGAGGCCGACAGUGGAGCAAUAAGAUCCAACUGCAGAAACCGUCCCAUUGACCUGGUCUUCGUCAUAGACAGCUCUCGCAGUGUGCGCCCUGGUGAGUUUGAAAAGGCCAAAGAGUUCCUGCAGGACAUGGUGGACAGCCUGGAGAUCGGCCCGGGCGCCACGCAGGUUGGCCUCGUCAAUUACGCCAGCACCGUGCACAUCGAGUUUCUGCUGAAGACCUAUUACGCCAAGUCCGCCCUGAAGCAGGCUCUGGCCCGCGUCGAGCCUCUCGCCUCGGGCACCAUGACGGGCACGGCCAUCAAGACGGCCAUGGAGAAAGCUUUCACGGAGGAGGGGGGGGCCCGACCUAGCUCCGAAAACAUUGCCAAAGUAGCCAUCAUAGUGACGGAUGGGAGGCCCCAGGACAAGGUGGAGGACGUAUCAGCUGCGGCCAGGGCCUCUGGGAUUGAGAUCUACGCGGUGGGUGUGGGCAGGGCCGACAUGACGUCCCUCCGCCUCAUGGCCAGCCUCCCGCACGACGACCACGUCUUUUAUGUGGAGACCUAUGGUGUCAUUGAGAAGCUCACUUCCAAAUUUAGGGAGACCUUGUGCGGUAAGGAUGAUGAGAACGGGAGUGCGGAUAUUCCAUUUAUUGGCGCAGUUGACGGGGAAGGAAUAAAUCAUGACAAUGACGAUAAAGGAAACAACGGUUUGGAUCCAUGUGAUCAGGGACACAAUUGUCAACACAUUUGUGUCAACAAUGACUACUCGUACGACUGCAAGUGUCGCAAGGGCUAUGUCUUGAAUCCGGACAAGAAAACAUGCUCCCUUUCAGAUACAUGUGUCCGAGCACACGACUGCCAACAUAUCUGUGUCAACACUGAUGACUCUUACAUCUGCAAAUGUCGCAAGGGAUAUGUGUUGAAUUCAGACCAGAAAACAUGCUCACGUUUGGAUUCCUGUACCCAGGGACAUGACUGCCAGCAUAUUUGUGUCAACACCGAUGAUUUAUACAUCUGCAAAUGUCGUGAGGGAUAUGUGUUGAAUGCAGACCAGAAAACAUGCUCACAUGAGAACAUAGACUUUUCAGGCUCUGAUCUAUGUGCCCGUGGACAUGAUUGCCAGCACAUUUGUGAGGACAACGAUGACUCUUACAUCUGCAAGUGUCAAGAGGGAUAUAGGUUAAAUGCCGACCAAAAAACAUGCUCACGUUCCGAUGCUUGUGCCCAGGGACAUGACUGUCAGCACAUUUGCGUCACAAAUGGGAACUCUUAUAUCUGCAGGUGUGGAGUAGGAUACGUGUUGAACGUAGAUCAGAAGACCUGCUCACGUUCAAUUACAUGUGCUCAGGGACAUGACUGCCAGCAGAUCUGUAUCAACAACGGUCACUCAUUCAACUGCAAGUGUCAAGUGGGAUAUGUGUUGAAUGCAGACCAGAAGACAUGUUCACAGGAAUUGAGAAGUGAAAUAACUCAAGACGCCUGCAUGUGUGAAGCCCAGAUUGUGUUCCAGAAAAAGGUGCAGUAUGCCAUUCAGGAGCUGGGCAGAAAAAUUGAUGACCUUUCAGACAAAGUGAGCCUGAUUGAGGAGCAACAGCACAAUUAAGGACAGCAAUGAAGACAUGUUCAUGACUUGCAUCUUUUGACUGAACCCUUCAGUAAGAAUGUCUAAGAUUCGGCGUGCUAUUGAUCUCUCAUGCAGUAUACUGAUUUUGUGAAUAUUUUAUAUGAUAAACAAGCAUUUUCAUCCGCAACACCGUAUAUUAUUUCUUUUCGGAUAGUCGGAUAAAACUGAUGUCGUUGUUGACAUACCGCACCUGUAUAUUUGUAUGGGAUGAUCCAUUUCUACUUAGCAGUGUGAGCCAUUGAGUAUGAACACAAAAUACGGAAUAUAAUUAGGGAAUUUAUGGAAUAGAGUCCCCACUUCACGAUAAACAUGUUAAAAGCAAACUUUCAGCGAUGUUGAUGUUUUUCGUAGGAAACAGUUCCUUGUUGUGAUUGUCGAACACAAUGCCUCCAUCCAUAAGCAUAACACAACAACUAAUCUCUUCUACAACCAGAGCAUUGUACUCUAAUUGGCAUAUAGCUUUGUUACAUCACAGUGAAUUACUGUAAUCCCAUUCUUUCAUACAUGCAGUUUUGUUAGCAGCAGACAGGUAGGCCUACAGUGGUUUAAGUGGGAGAAGGAAAACAAUGUAUUUAUUGGAUGGCAUCAAUACUUUGCACACUUGGCAAGUGUUGUACCAAAGGAUCUGGCAGGAGUCACAGCAAUGAAAUGCAUAUUUUCAAGAUUUUAAUUUAAGUCAAGAUCCACCAGGUUCUUGAAUUCAGUUAAAACAACAACAUUUUACCGGACAGCAUUUACACUAUACAAUACAGUACUGUUCUGCUUUCUUAUAACACAUGUGAAACCGAUUGAAAAGAGUAUUUGUGGUGCACCGAUCUUUGUGUAGACUGAUAUUAUUGUUUAUCUUAUGUUUGUAUUUGUCUGGUUAUUUUCUAUUGGGUGUAUAGUUGCAAAUGGAAAAUAAAUAUUCUCAAAAUGG